AUUGAAUCGCUAUGUAUCAGAAUGCAUAACAACACUGCUUACCUCGGCAAUAAACCCAGUCAUUCUGCACUCGUCAAUACAAUCCUCGAGUGUCGUGAAAUUUGUCUCGACCGAUAUCCAGAGUGUAAAUCGGUAAUAUUUUAUCGAAUAUUUUCACAAGUUAGACCUCUGUGCUAUCUUUUCAAUGAAAGCAGCGUUGAUAAAAAAGUGAUAUUGUAUCCAGAAAAACCAUUGGUUGAAAAUGAUAUUAUUAAUAUUGUGGAGAUUGCUGCGGAUUGUCAUGAGUUUGAUGCAGUACCCCCUCUUCCAAAUAUUUUUACAUCGUCUUCGGACAAAGUUUCCCGUUCAAAAAGAAAAGCAAAUAGAUACGGAUAUCCCAUUAAACGUACUGGACCAUGGACCCCAUGGACAAAAUGCCUAAAUAAUAAGACGAAAUUUCUCUACUCAGAAGUGUUUUUUCAAUGCAGAUUUUCAGAAUAUCAAAUUAGAUCUCAAGCUUGUGAAUAUGGACGAAUAAUUCAGAAAAGAGACUGCUCCACUGAUGCGUUUUCUAAAACGUUAUCAUCCGCUAUGUCAUUUAUUCCUCAUUCAACGCCAUAUUAUCCUUACCCACCACAACCAUAUGAACAUCCCAAUGAGAAUUCAAUUGAAUAUACCACUCGCUUCGCGGAACAUAUGCAACAACUGCGCAGAUCACAUGCAGAAUGUUGCAGAAGGCAAGAAUGGUAUCGCGAGCAUAGUGGGAGAGGUAACGUUACAUUUUGUCGCCACCAAUGUCCGCUACUUGAACCACUGGAUGCUAAUCAGGUUUCAAAAGAAUGGCCCCGUGCAAAUCAGCAAUAUGCUUUUUCAGAGCAAAAUCAAUAUCAAGAGUAUCGCGAAGGCCAACCCGAACUGAUUACAAUUCCCGCUCCUAACUCAUCACAGGUUACUUCUGAAGAUGAAACAGAAUCUGCUCAGGAGUCAAAUUCAGGCUUUGGGUUGCAUGGAUCAGAGACAGUAAGCCGCCUGACUGUUGAUGAACGGUUAAAGACACAUGAAAAGGAAUAUUUUCUUGGCUUGCAAUCUCGAUUGAGUGAAACUGUUGAAGAAAAGAAUUUACUGAAUGCUAAAGCAAUAGAACAGCAUAACUUUUUGCAUGAAAAUAACCAUCAACAUCAACAGCCUAAAGAUGACUAUCAGUAUCAACAACAUCAAGCAGGUUAUAGCAAUGCCAAUGAUCAGCAGCAGCAGCGAUAUGAAGCAGACCAUGUGCAACAUGGAGAGCAUUUCAAUGAACCCAUUAAAAACGUUGAAGAUGACUUUUUGGAAGGGGAAAACAAUCAGCAUCAGGAACAGAAAAGUGAUGCUGAUUUAGGACCAGGACGACCAAAUUACCGUUAUGACAACGAACUCCAGGAAACAAUUUCUACCAGUUCUAAUCAAAAGGAAAUUGCACAACCCAAAACACAUGGGUUAAGUAACAAAUCUUAUGCAUUUACGAUCUCAAAUUCAUUUCAUGAAGAGAAAGCAAGGCACUCUCAGGCUUCUCGUAAUAAAGAAAAUUUGGAUCAUUGGCUUUCAUCAACAUUAUCACCAUUUGAGUAUUCUCAUCAACAUAUAACGAAUAGCAAACAAUCCCUUAACAAGUCGGCUGAAAUUCAACCUUUAGUUUCGAGUCAAGAAUUGCAUCAAACAAGAGAAGAGUCCAACCAUCAAGUCAUGCCUCAAGUACCGUGGAAGCAACAGAAGUUACUCCAAUCUUUUACUGACGACAAAGAAUCUGUACAGUUCGAAAGUAACCACAACAGCCAGCGACCACAAUCACAUUCAGUGCAGUCUUCUGAAUAUCCACAUGAUGAAUAUUAUCAUCGAAUGCAGCAACAACUAACUGAACCAUUCAUAAAUGACGGCUUUUAUCCAGAGCAGAAGCAACAUCUUUCCGCAAAUUUGAAUACCGAUUACCAAGAUAGACAGCAACAAGGGGACAGUCAUGGUCAACACUCUCUUCAGCCUUUAGCUGAAAACUACUACUCACAACAAUAUUCAUUUAAUGGUGUGGAAAAAAAACAGCAUUCCUCAGACUACUCAACUGAUGAUUACCCUUCCCAAAAGCAACUACAACAACAGCAGCUAUCUCAACUUUCUGAUAAAUACUAUUAUCAACAACCACACCAGGAACUUUCGGACAAUUACUACCAUCGCAUACAUCAAGAACGAGAACAACUACAACAAUCUCCAGAACUGCAGGCUGAUAACCGCUACCAUAACCAACAACCUUCAGGACAAUCAAAUAAUGAUAAUUACGGUCAACAACUACAACUUUUGAAACCAUCAACUGAUGAUUAUCAACACCAAGAACAACCACAAAAGCCUUCUCAAACUUCAAAUAAUGACUAUUAUCAUCAACAGCAGCAACAACGGAAAUUUUUGGAAUCUCAAGACUAUUACCGUCAGCAAACACCACAACGAACAUCAGAAUUUUCUGGUCAUGAUUAUAAUCACCAACAGCUCAAUCUACAGCAACCACUAGAACCAGCAGCUGAUAACUACCAUCGUCAAGAACAGCAGGAGCUCUCGGAAUUAUAUAAUAAUCAGUAUUAUCCUCAGGAACAGUUACAACUAUGGCAUCCUCCAAAGCCAUCAUCUGAUGAUUAUAGUCGAUAUCAACAACCACACCAGCCUAUUGAAUCAUCUGCUGAUCAUUAUUACAAUGAACAACAGCAACAAAUUUUAGAAGCAAUAACUGCUGAAUACCAUCAAGAACGAGAACGGCAACCACAUCGACCUCCGGAACAACCCAAUGACCGUGAACAACAGCGACAACCACAACAGUCUUUAGAACCAGUAACUGAUGAUCAUUAUCAUCGAGAGCAGCAAUACAUACAGCAGCAGCCUAUGAGACAAUCAGCUGAUACCUACUACCAUCAACAACAAGAGCGUAUGGAAUCAUCCAUCACUGAUGAUUAUUACCAUCAAAGGUCACAGCAGCCUUCAGAACCAUCCACUGAUGACCACUACGGCCAACAGCAAUCUCUGGAAUCAUCAUCUGAUGACGAUCAUCGUGAACAAUUACCACAGAAAUCUUCGGAGCCGUCAGCUGACGACCAUCAUCGUCAGGAAUUGCCACAGCAACCUUUUGAACCAUCUACU